UGCGGUAAGAUUAUGGAAAGUCUAAGCCUACUGGUUAUACUGACAGCACUGCAAGGCUGCCAUUUACAGAUACUGCAUGUAACCCAGAGGCCUUCAGCGAGUGCCGUACCAGGCAGCAGCAUAACUUUAGAAUGUAACUACGGCCUCAGUAGCUUAUAUGAGAUGAGUGCCGGUUCGUUUAAAUGGUACAGGCAUGUACUGAAUGGUGAUGAGAUUUCACUUACAAACAAACAUUAUAAAGGCAGAAUUGUAAGAACAAAUGGAGAUGAUUUCAUGAAGAAAAAGUUAGCUAACAUUGAACUGCAGAGAUUGGAGCUCACAGACACCGGGAUAUAUAUAUGUGAAGUUUCUGUAAUAUCCAUAACCAACAUAACAGAAUAUGGGAAAGGGACAUUUCUUAAUGUUGCAGGUGUUCCAGAAGUCAUUCAUAAACUUAACCCUUUUAUCAUACGUGUGUGUAUAAUUGGAGGAAUUCUCAUCAUUUUAAUUUCAUCUGCAGUUUUAUUAAAACAUGCCAGACAAGAUAACUCAUCCACCAAAGAACUAAGACCAAUUGCUUUCAGUGAGUUAAAAAUGUAAGCUCCAAAGAUUGAUGAGCUUCUAGUUGCAGCCUCACAACAGGCAUGCACAAAUGAACACACAGUUUAUAAACUGGAAAAUGUUCAUUAUGCAGCAUUAG